GACGAACGGAGAGGGGGGAGAGAGGGGGGUCCAGUCUCCCCUGGCAGAGCAUUUUUUUUUUUUUGGAAGUCCUAGGACUGAUCUCCAGAACCAGCACUCUUCUCCCAGGCCUUAGGGUCCUGCUCGGCCAAGGCCUUCCCUACCAUGCGACCUGUCAGUGUCUGGCAGUGGAGCCCCUGGGGGCUGCUGCUGUGCCUGCUGUGCAGCUCGUGCUUGGGGUCUCCGUCCCCUUCCACGGGCCCUGAGAAGAAGGCUGGGAGCCAGGGGCUUCGGUUCCGGCUGGCUGGCUUCCCCAGGAAGCCCUACGAGGGCCGCGUGGAGAUACAGCGAGCUGGUGAAUGGGGCACCAUCUGCGACGAUGACUUCACGCUGCAGGCUGCCCACGUCCUCUGCCGGGAGCUGGGCUUCACACAGGCCACAGGCUGGACCCACAGUGCCAAAUAUGGCCCUGGAACAGGCCGCAUCUGGCUGGACAACUUGAGCUGCAGUGGGACCGAGCAGAGUGUGACUGAAUGUGCCUCCCGGGGCUGGGGGAACAGUGACUGUACGCACGAUGAGGACGCUGGGGUCAUCUGCAAAGACCAGCGCCUCCCUGGCUUCUCGGACUCCAACGUCAUUGAGGUAGAGCAUCACCUGCAAGUGGAGGAGGUGCGAAUUCGACCCGCCGUUGGGUGGGGCAGACGACCCCUGCCCGUGACGGAGGGGCUGGUGGAAGUCAGGCUUCCUGACGGCUGGUCGCAAGUGUGCGACAAAGGCUGGAGCGCCCACAACAGCCACGUGGUCUGCGGGAUGCUGGGCUUCCCCAGCGAAAAGAGGGUCAACGCGGCCUUCUACAGGCUGCUGGCCCAACGGCAGCAACACUCCUUUGGUCUGCAUGGGGUGGCGUGCGUGGGCACGGAGGCCCAUCUCUCCCUCUGUUCCCUGGAGUUCUAUCGUGCCAAUGACACCGCCAGGUGCCCUGGGGGGGGCCCUGCGGUGGUGAGCUGUGUGCCAGGCCCUCUCUACGCGGCGUCCAGUGGCCAGAAGAAGCAACAACAGUCGAAGCCUCAGGGGGAGGCCCGUGUCCGUCUAAAGGGCGGCGCCCACCCUGGAGAAGGCCGGGUAGAAGUCCUGAAGGCCAGCACAUGGGGCACAGUCUGUGACCGCAAGUGGGACCUGCAUGCAGCCAGCGUGGUGUGUCGGGAGCUGGGCUUUGGGAGUGCUCGAGAAGCUCUGAGCGGCGCUCGCAUGGGGCAGGGCAUGGGUGCUAUCCACCUGAGUGAAGUUCGCUGCUCUGGACAGGAGCUCUCCCUCUGGAAGUGCCCCCAUAAGAACAUCACAGCUGAGGAUUGUUCACAUAGCCAGGAUGCCGGGGUCCGGUGCAACCUACCUUACACUGGGGCAGAGACCAGGAUCCGACUCAGUGGGGGCCGCAGCCAACAUGAGGGGCGAGUCGAGGUGCAAAUAGGAGGACCUGGGCCCCUUCGCUGGGGCCUCAUCUGUGGGGAUGACUGGGGGACCCUGGAGGCCAUGGUGGCCUGUAGGCAACUGGGUCUGGGCUACGCCAACCACGGCUUGCAGGAGACCUGGUACUGGGACUCUGGGAAUAUAACAGAGGUGGUGAUGAGUGGAGUGCGCUGCACAGGGACUGAGCUGUCCCUGGAUCAGUGUGCCCAUCAUGGCACCCACAUCACCUGCAAGAGGACAGGGACCCGCUUCACUGCUGGAGUCAUCUGUUCUGAGACUGCAUCAGAUCUGCUGCUGCACUCAGCACUGGUGCAGGAGACCGCCUAUAUCGAAGACCGGCCCCUGCAUAUGUUGUACUGUGCUGCAGAAGAAAACUGCCUGGCCAGCUCAGCCCGCUCAGCCAACUGGCCCUAUGGUCACCGGCGUCUACUCCGAUUCUCCUCCCAGAUCCACAACCUGGGACGAGCUGACUUCAGGCCCAAGGCUGGGCGCCACUCCUGGGUGUGGCACGAGUGCCAUGGGCAUUACCACAGUAUGGACAUCUUCACUCACUAUGAUAUCCUCACCCCAAAUGGCACCAAGGUGGCUGAGGGCCACAAAGCUAGUUUCUGUCUCGAAGACACUGAGUGUCAGGAGGAUGUCUCCAAGAGGUAUGAGUGUGCCAACUUUGGAGAGCAAGGCAUCACUGUGGGUUGCUGGGAUCUCUACCGGCAUGACAUUGACUGUCAGUGGAUUGACAUCACGGAUGUGAAGCCAGGAAACUACAUUCUGCAGGUUGUCAUCAACCCAAACUUUGAAGUAGCAGAGAGUGACUUUACCAACAAUGCAAUGAAAUGUAACUGCAAAUAUGAUGGACAUCGAAUCUGGGUGCACAACUGCCACAUCGGUGAUGCCUUCAGUGAAGAGGCCAACAGGAGGUUUGAACGCUACCCUGGCCAGACCAGCAACCAGAUUAUCUAAGUGCCACCACCCUCUGCAAACCACCACUGGCCCCUAAUGGCAGGGGUCUGAGGCUGCCAUUACCUCAGGAGCUUACCAAGAAACCCAUGUCAGCAACCGCACUCAUCAGACCAUGCACUAUGGAUGUGGAACUGUCAAGCAGAAGUUCUCACCCUCCUUCAGAGGCCAGCUGUCAGUAUCUGUAGCCAAGCAUGGGAAUCUUUGCUCCCAGGCCCAGCACCGAGCAGAACAGAGCAGAGCUCACCACACUACAAAGAGCAGCACCUGACUGACUGCCCACAAAAGAUGUCAGCAGCUCAUUUUCUUUAAUAGGAGGUCAGGAUGGUUAGCUCCAGUAUCUCCCCUAAGUUUAGGGGGAUACAGCUUUACCUCUAGCCUUUUGGUGGGGGAAAAGAUCCAGCCCUCCCACCUCAUUUUUUACUAUAAUAUGUUGCUAGGUAUAAUUUUAUUUUAUAUAAAAAGUGUUUCUGUGAUUCUUCAGAG